ACACAAACGAAUCACCAACUGUAAAAAUUUAUCUCAAUUCCGGUGCAAAAAAUUAAUAAAAAGGGCGUCUAAACUAUUAAAACUCCAAAAUGCCCUCGGAAAUGAUCACACUACAACUUGGCCAAUGCGGCAAUCAAAUUGGCUUUGAAUUUUGGAAACGUUUGUGUUUGGAGCAUGGAAUCUCACCAUCGGGCGUGCUGGAGGACUUUGCAACAGAUGGCGUCGAUCGUAAAGAUGUAUUUUUCUACCAAGCUGACGACGAUCAUUACAUCCCGCGAGCGGUCUUGCUGGAUUUGGAACCUCGAGUCAUUCAUACCAUCAUGACGUCACAAUAUGCAAAGUUGUACAAUCCAGAAAACAUUUAUUUGUCGAAGGAUGGCGGCGGUGCGGGAAAUAAUUGGGCUUCAGGUCACAGUCAAGGCGAAAAAUUGCAAGAAGAGGUCUUUGACAUUAUCGAUCGUGAAGCCGAUGGAAGUGAUAGUUUGGAAGGAUUUGUCUUGUGUCAUUCGAUUGCUGGCGGUACAGGUUCUGGUAUGGGUUCUUACAUCAUGGAACGUUUAUCGGACCAUUUCCCGAAGAAAAUUGUUCAAACGUACAGCGUGUUUCCGAAUCAAGAUGAGAUUAGUGAUGUCGUUGUUCAGCCAUAUAAUUCGCUUUUGACGUUGAAACGUCUUACAAGUUGCGCCGAUUGCGUCGUCGUUCUCGAUAACACAGCUCUAAAUCGCAUCGCUUCCGAUCGUUUGCACAUUGAGAACCCAACUUUCACGCAAAUUAACACUCUCGUGUCAACAAUUAUGUCUGUUAGUACCACAACGUUGCGUUAUCCGUCGUACAUGAACAACAAUUUGAUCGGUUUGAUUGCUCCCCUGAUCCCAACGCCACAAUUGCAUUUCCUUAUGACCGGUUACACGCCUCUCACAACAGACACCGAUGUCGCCAAUGUCCGUAAAACGACUGUACUUGAUGUCAUGCGACGUUUGCUGCAACCGAAGAACAUGAUGGUCUCCACGGGACCCGAUAAAUCCAAUCAUCACUGUUACAUUUCCAUUCUGAACAUCAUCCAAGGCGAAGUUGACCCAACGCAAGUGCAUAAAAGUCUCCAGCGGAUUCGUGAAAGAAAAUUGGCGCAAUUUAUCCCAUGGGGACCCGCAAGUAUUCAAGUCGCAUUGUCACGUAGCAGCCCUUACGUGCAAAGUAGUCAUCGGGUAUCGGGGUUAAUGUUGGCAAAUCACACCAGUAUUUGUUCCUUGUUCGAACGCUGCUUGAACCAAUAUGACAAACUAAGGAAACGCGGAGCCUUUUUGGAUCAGUUCAAGAAAGAGGAGAUGUUCAAAGAUGAUUUGCACGAGUUGGAUGAUUCGCGUGACGUGGUAGAUGCUUUGGUGCAAGAAUAUGAGGCAGCAACGCGAGACGACUAUCUCAACUGGCAAGCCACGAAAAAGGUUGAAGGUUGAAAAAAAUCACAUCAAACGUCGGUCGAAAAAGAGCUCUCUCAUCAAAUUUUUGGAUUUUUCAUUAAUUUUAGUGUCAUUUUUUGUUUAUUCUCAUGUCCUAUUAAUCUCGAAUGUUCACGUUUAACCCACUUUGGAGUGAAGAAGAACUGAUGUUUCCUAAUAAAAUGUU